CCCGCAGCUGAAGAAGGAGGACCGGAGCGAAAACAUCCAACAGUUCCACUUCAAAUCCUCCACAGAGUGAUUCCAGGCAUGGAAGUCCCCGGACCGGACAGCGACUGGAGGAGCCCGCAGUUCCGACAGAAAGUCGUAGCUCAGAUUGAAGAGGCGAUGCGAAAAGCUGGAACUGCAAACACAACACACAAGUCCAGCAAUGACAUGGAGAACCAUGUUUAUGUGAAGGCAAAAACUAGAGAGGAGUAUUUAUCUCUAGUGGCAAGGCUCAUCAUACACUUCAGAGACAUCCAUAAGAAGGCUCUUGGGGGUCCAGAUCCCAUGAAUGCCCUGACUAACCUGACAGGGGUUGGAGGGGGCCCGGGCGCCAUUGGCAUGGGGCCUCGCCCUGCCGGCGCUCCAGUGGGUGGCAUGGGGGCCAUGGGGCCGAUGCAGAUAGGCCAGCAUGCCAUGGCAGGGGUGACUGGAAACCCACAAUCCAUAGGAGGUCCAGGCCAGAUGCCCAUGCAGCAGAUGGUGCAGCAGACGCAGGCUCAGCAGAAUGCGUUGCAGUUCCAGCAGUUCCAACAGGCGCAGCAGCAGAAUGCCAUGCAGCAGCAGCAGAACGCUGCCAUUCAGCAGCAGUUCCAGAUGCAGCAGCUGCGGGCACAGCAGCAAAUGCAGCAGCAGCAACAGCAGCAUCACCAGAACCAGCAACUGCAGCAGCAGCACCAGAACCAGCAGCAGCAGCAGGCCCAGAACCAGCAGCAGCAGAACCAGAUGACGAGGAUUCAACAGCAGCAGCAGAUGGUGCAGCUGCAGCUGCAACAACAGCAUGCUCAAGCCCAGGCUCAGGCUCAGGCCCAGGCUCAAGCCCAGGCUCAGGCCCAGGCCCAGGCUCAGGCUCAAGCCCAGGCUCAAGCACAGGCUCAGGCUCAAGCACAGGCGCAAGCACAGGCUCAAGCUCAGGCUCAGGCUCAAGCACAGGCUCAGGCCCAGGCUCAGGCCCAGUCCAUCCAGCACAUGGUGCAGCAGCCGGUCCAGACUCAGCCUCAGCAGGGUCAGAUGCCUCCACACUCCCAGCAGCAGCAGCAGCAGCAGCCCGGCAUGGUGCCUCAGUCUCUGGCCGGACAGAUGACGUCCGCUCAGCACGUUCCCAUCAACUCUCUGAGCCAGCAGCAGCAGCAGCAGCUCAAGAUGCAGGCCUUCCAGCAGGCCCGUGCAGCCUUGCAGCAGCAGCAGCAAGUCCAGCAGGCGCAGCAACAAGCCCAGCAGGCCGCAGCUCAGGCGCAGCUCAACGCCGCCGCCGUACCUGGACAGCUGGUUCGUCCUGGGAUGCAGAUUCCUCCCCGGCUGCCUCGAGCUCCUCUCAACCCCAACAUUCCUCCUCCAAACGCCGCCGCCGCCGUGGUUGGAGGACAGACGAUGUCUCAGCAGGUGCAGCAACAUUCCAUGACGUCGUCGCCCUCAUCGAUGCAGGUCCAGACGCCACAGCCAAUGCCGCCUCCCCCGCAGCCGUCGCCACAGCCGCCCACCUCACAGCCCAACUCAGCCAGCUCCGGUCCCACGCCGUCUCCCGGAGGUUUCCAGCCCAGCCCGUCCCCUCAGCCCUCACCAAGCCCAGCCACGUCUAGAACCCCCCAGAACUACGGAGUGCCCUCCCCAGGACCCCUCAACACUCCAGGCAACCCCAGCUCGGUGAUGAGCCCAGCCGGAGCCACGUCUCUGGAGGACCAGCAGUACAUGGAGAAACUAAAGCAGCUGUCCAAAUACAUCGAGCCGUUGCGACGAAUGAUCAACAAGAUAGACAAAAACGAAGACAGAAAGAAGGACUUGAGUAAGAUGAAGAGUUUGCUGAACAUCCUGACUGAUCCGACCACCAGAUGUCCUCUGAAGACGCUGCAGAAAUGUGAAAUCGCUUUGGAGAAGCUGAAGAACGACAUGGCCGUGCCGACCCCCCCGCCCCCCCCGGUGCCCACCAAGCAGCAGUAUCUGUGCCAGCCGCUGCUGGACGCCGUCAUGGCAAACAUCCGCUCUCCGGUCUUCAACCACUCGCUGUACCGGACCUUUGCCCCCGCCAUGAGCGCCAUCCACGGACCUCCAAUCACGGGUCCGAACGUCUCCGGCAGAAAGAGGAAGCACGAGGAUGACGAGCGCCAGACCAUCCCCAACAUCCUGCAGGGGGAGGUGGCUCGCCUCGACGUCAAGUUCCUGGUCAACCUGGACCCUUCGUUCUGCAGCAACAACGGCACCGUGCACCUCGUCUGCAAGCUGGACGACAAGAACCUCCCCAGUGUUCCUCCUCUGCAGCUCAGCGUUCCUGCUGAUUAUCCUGAUCAGAGUCCGUACUGGGCCGACGAUGGAGAACAGUACGGUGCGAACUCCUUCCUGCAGUCGGUCCACAGAAACAUGACGUCCAAACUGCUGCAGCUGCCGGACAAACACUCGGUGACGGAGCUGCUCAACACCUGGGCUCAGAGCGUCCGGCAGGCCUGUCUGUCAGCCGCCUGAGGCCCCGCCCCCACACGAGGCCCCGCCCACACGCAGCCUCAGUAACUCCGACACUGUUCCAGAUAAACUGUAUAACUCUCUUCUCUGCACCAUCGAGGUCCUUAUCGACUGUAGUCCUGGUGCAUUCUGGGUAAAUUCAGCUCAGUUGUAUUUCAACCUCCUAAUUCACAGUCUGUAUAUAAUAAUAAUCAGAGCUGCAGUCUCGACUCAUAUUCUCCUCCCUGAAUGCAUCACGACUCCGUUUGCUCUUUAGUUUGCGUUGGACAGAAGGUUUCAGUUUGGUUGUGCAGAACUCGUCCGUCAGAUCUGUAAAUGUUUCUCUGCUUUCAUAAAUAAAAUGUGUUCAGUUCAACUUUUUAAA